AUGCCCUCAGCUCUCGACACACAGGCCGUGCGCCCCAUUCACUACACAAUGACGUCGGAUGCGAGAUCAGCCGCUGCCGACAGCACUCAGCUGCCCUCCUUCUACUCUCCCCGAACCGCUGCAGUCGACACUCCCCAGAGCCGCGAUGGCCAGCCAAUCGACCAUCUGUCGCUGUCGUCCAGCCAUGUCGACUCCCCCAAGACUCAGCCGCCCCCGCCGUCUCUCCUCUCACCGGCCUUCACUCCGCCGGCCACCCCGGGAAACCAGACGCCCACAACCGCCGGCCUGCGAGGAAUCCCGGUCGACAGCUCGAUCGCAACGGGGGGAUGUGGUAGCAAGAAGCCGAGACUGCUAGAGACGUUACCCGAGGUACAAUGCGUUGUCCGGGCCCGCAUCCCCACCGUCAACGGAACCGAGAUGUUCCUCCAUCUGUACACCAACAAUGUCGACAACAAGGAGCAUUUGGCCAUUGUGUUUGGCAACCACAUCCGGAGCGAGUCCCUGGACGCCCCCCGCGAGGGCGAGACCGAGCUGGACCGCAUGAUUCGGGGUGCCUACACAGGCCGGCUGUACCCCGGCCGGACCACCAGCGGCAUGGGCGGCCCUUCAUCGGAGACGGAAUCUCAGCAAGGGAGGACGCCUAACCAAGAUAUACCUUUGGUGCGAAUACACUCGGAAUGCUAUACCGGAGAGACUGCGUGGUCUGCGCGGUGUGACUGCGGCGAACAGCUCGACGAGGCUGCACGACUUAUGGCGUUGCCGGGCAAUAAAGCGGGCGGCAUCAUCGUCUAUCUGCGACAGGAGGGACGUGGUAUUGGUCUUGGCGAGAAACUCAAGGCCUAUAACCUGCAAGACCUGGGAUCCGAUACCGUCGAGGCGAAUCUGCUGCUGCGACACCCCGCUGAUGCUCGAAGCUACGGCUUGGCCACCGCCAUGCUCAGGGAUCUGGGCCAGAAAGACGUGCGUCUGUUGACCAACAACCCGGACAAGAUCCGUGCCAUUGAGGGACCCAACCGGGAGGUUGUCGUAAAGGAGAGAGUGGCCAUGGUGCCACUAUCAUGGAAAGGCAAGGGCGGCUUCCGAAGCCAGGAAGUCGAGGGCUACCUGAAGACAAAGAUCGAGAAGAUGGGCCACAUGCUAGACAUGGGAGGGCUUUCCCAGUACUGGAAGCUCUGGGGCAGCAGAGAGCAUUUGAACCUUGAAACCUCCACUGAAUCAUCUCCAAAUCUCCGCCGUCGCUCGAAUCUCUCCAACGCUUUGAACAACGUCUCCUCGCCUCUCCGACUCUUCUGCCUCUUCCAAACAGCCCAAACCCGUCAUGCCGCUGCAUUGACGUCAACAUCGCCGCCGAACAUGCAGUCUCAGGACAUCCGCCUUCGGCUGGUGAUCCGCCGCCACGGUCUCCCAGAGGUCAAGCUGUUGUGGCCGUGUUCCUGCUCCGAGGACCUCACCAUUGCAAGAGUUCUGGAGCAGGUCAACGACGUCGUGCCUCUCGAGAGCGGCGAAUGGGGUCUUGAAGACUACGCCGUGGAGCUUGCCGAUGAAAAGGGCGAACCCUUUGAGUGUCUGCAUUUCCAGCAAGUUGGUCGCAUCCUAAAAGACGAAGACCAAGUCCUUAUUCGAUCGCUCCUCACCGAAGACUUGAAAAGACGGCGGCUCAGCGGGCGGCAUCAAAUCUCCGACGACGGAAGGCAUUUGGUCGACGGCCUCCCUUUCGGCAGGGCUUGGCGGCGGCCUCCUCACGACCGUCCUCACAUCGAAUUACCCCCACGGAAACGUAUUCGGGUCUUUUCCGGGGAUGACGACGAGGAAGAGGAGAUUGCGCCAGGCCGGCCGCCCCCGUUCUAUUCGAUCCCCAAGAUGCCGCGCGUCAUCGGCCUGGAGCAGGACCAGUAUUACGAUGACGACGAUGAAGAUGAUGAAGAUGAUGAAGAUGAUGACGAAGAUUUGCACGACUAUGGAGAUUUUCAUAAUGACUCGAGUUCGGUGCCAAGCAGCUCCUCUGACGAAAUACCCCGUGUUGAAGAUCUGUUAGAAGAGAGUGACGUGGAUGAUUAUAGCGACGGAGAGGGAGACGAAGAGGAUCUCCAAAGAGAACUGCAAUUGCUGAGAGAGGAAGCUGGCGUCGACAUCCACAGCCUUCAAGCAGAUGACUCCGAUUCUCCUCAAUGCGAAGAGGGAGAUGAUGAAACAGACGACCUACGUGACGCAUUCGACAUAGGUCGACGCCUUGAUCCAUCGAGGAGAGUUCGUCCUUUGGGCAUGGCAGCCCAGUCAGCCGCACCAACCGCGAAAGAUUACACCAACGUACCUGUGGAAAUCCUCAUGACCGUAUUUCAGACAGCCUUCCCCGAGUUGAACGCAGAUAUCAGGGUAAUUCUCAACCGAACGAACAAGGAUUUGAGAAAGGCGUACCUAUCGCUUAGCAUGCUUCGCGAACCCCUUUGCACCUUUGACCAAAUGAUGGACGAUUCUUAUUUUCAUCUCGCUCCAUUCGCACGUCACGAUGGGAGUGGUAGCGUCGCCAGGCCGGUUGAACAGGGGAAAUUGCCCUCCUUUGACAAUCUCAGGGGGGUAGCCAAAAAGCCACUCAUUCAAGAAGUCGACGAUUCGGAAGAUUCUACAACAAACGGUGUUCCGAUCCCUCCCCCAAAAAUGAGGCAGAGUUGGUUUAUCAAGGACGACUCAGAUCUUGACGAUGCAGAAGCGGCAGAGGAUUCCAACAGCGAUUCCGAAAGUGAUUCAGAGAGCGACUCGUCAAGCGGCUCUGGCGAUGAUUCUCUAGACAACGAAUCGUCAGGCGAGGAAGAAAACGGCCAGGCCACCAACCAUCCGGCGAUAAACUCUGCCAGUGAUGAAUCAAGCGGUGCCUCGUCAAACGAAAGCUCUGAUGACGACAGCGACGGCAGUAGCAUCGAUGCAGGGCAAAAUACUCAGACUGGCCACAAGGAUCAGGCCGAAAGUUCGUCCGAUGUGAGUAGCAGCGAGGCUAGUUUAUCGAAUUCAUCUGAGCCUGAAUCCGAGUCUGAGUCCGAGUCAGAAUCUGAGUCGGAAUCUGAAUCUGAACCUGAACCUGAAUCCGAAGUGGAAGAAAUCUCAUCCAAACAACCUGUGCCGGUACCAACUCAACAGCGUUAUGCCGCCAUUGCAUCUCAACCCCACGUUCAGACACCUGCCAAAGCGCAGGUCGAAGGCCUUACGCGAACGCAAAAGCGAAAUGCUAGAAGGAGACGCCUCAAGGCUUCGAAAGGGCUAGAUCCUGAGUCACCCAAGUUGGCAAACAGCGCUGGAGAGGACGCCGUGAGCGAAGAUUUCUUGGCGCGAAAGAAAGCCCUCCUGGCUGCCAUUCUUGAUGAAACUCACGAGGGUGACGAUGCACACAGCGAAGCGGGGAUGGAAGAUGCUCCUUCUCUGGAUGCGGCGCCGGAAGAAGAUUCGCGAGGGAGGAACGCGAAUGUCCCGAAUGCAGAGGAGACAGAGGUGCCGGAGCCCAAAGAUGAGCCAGCAAAGCGUCACGCUCGUGUGGAUAUGGGCGCAGGUCGGCGACUUGUGUUUGGUGCCCUGGGCUUGAAGGCCCCAGCAAACAAAGCAGACGAGCAGAAAAUUCGCGACAGUCUGAUGAAAGAUGUCCGACCUCUUGUCAACCCACGAGUGCAGGACGCCGGUGCAGACGAUAACAAUGACCAGCCGCAGGACGACAACGAGGACGAAGAUCCAGAUGCGUGGAGGGAAAAGAUCAUCUACAAAGCCGUGGAGUGCUGCCAUGAGAACAUGACACUCAGCGAGCCUCCAUUUCCCUUUGUCCAGCGUUGGGAUCCCCAACAGAACUAUGGUGCCAUGAAAAAACGGAAGCGCGCGUCAGAAAACUACCAAGCUGACACAUCCUACGAUGACUCGACAUAUUACUACGACGAUGAAGCUGAGCAAGAGUAUGUGGCAGAGACCAGGAAGAAGAGCAAAAAGAAGAAGGGAAAGUCUGCGAGCUUGCAGCAUGGCAGCGUAAACCAAGAUGAGCAAGACGUGGUACUCGACUAUGACGAAGCACCCGCCAAGAGCAGCCAAUUCACAGAUGUGGACGAUCUUCCGUCUUUACCCAAAGACGUCAAGGCGCUGCCUCUUCUAGAACCUGCGUCCGCCAAGCAUGGCAUGGUCAUUACGUGGAAUCAACUGGUCAUGUCAAAAGCUACGAAUUGGCAACCCGAGAUGUUGCCCGUUACCGGCUUGAUAGCCCCUGGAGGCGACGACGGUGCCGUUCACGUCAUUCUGGCAAGGCGAGACCGCGAAGACAACGAAAAGACGUACGACGAGAUCACUGGAGAGCGAGUAUACGGCAAAUUCGAGGUUCCCGACGAGCUGGAAGAGGAUGGUGAAGAAGAGGACACAGGGUUCAGGUCACUACAGUGGGCAGAGAUGAUUGAGCCUCGCAUUCUGCAACAAGCACCCGCCAGCGAAGGGGCUCAAACAUCCACGGAUGCUGUAGCAGCGGCUCCAGAAGAGCAGAUGCCGUCGGCCCACGACAAGGUAAGCGAAUUCCAGUCGGGACAAGAUUCCUUGGAGAGCGGAUUCAGCACGGGACGGGUGCGAGCUGCCAUUGAAGAUGAUUUGAUGCACGAUUCUCUUGGCACACAAGCCAACCUAGAGACGGCUUCAAUACAGUCUGGUCAACGACUGCCGAGGCUGGACCUUUCCAUGUCCGAAGUGCAAAUAUCCACUGCCAGCAACAGCUUCGAGCACAUUGGCCACCACCACCCCAAAGCAGUAGACGCUCAAUCGGAGCACGUGCUGACCGCCGCCGCCAACCCCCCAAAUGCAUACUCUCCAAAGCUGAAUCGUUGGGUAGAGCGUGGAGACGAGACAGCUGCUGACCAAGAGGCAGAACUAGGACCUAGCCUAGCGGAUGCCGCGGCAGAAGAUGUUUCGAAUUCUGGCACGCUCGCAUCGAAGAAGACAGAGUCGUCUGAAGAUAAUGGAGGAGGGGUAGAGGAGGAGAGAGAGGAACAAGGACAAGAUUCGACGGACGGGGACAAUGGUGCGUCGAUAGCGAGCGACUCAAACUUGGUCAUUGCCUCUUCGCAGUUCAGCAUCCCGAGUGGGCGACAACCACGAACGAGCUAUUCCCUUGCAGAGGGCGCGCACGACACGAUUAUCCCCGAAACAUUACCACAACUACGCGAGACCACACCGAUAGAGAGCCACUCGAAAUCCCAGAGCACACCAUCCAGCCCCUCGAGCAGCAGCCCGUUUCCAUCACUAGAGCAGAUAUUCAUGUCAGCUCAGGCGACACAAAGUUCCGGGAGAAAGAGAGAGACACCUUCGGUAUCAGCAAGCCAAUCUAUGCCCGCACGGGACGUGGAAUACGAAGAAGCGAUGCGCAAGCUUGACGAGGGACAUGAAUCGGAUGCCCUACCCGCAAAGGAAGAGCCAGAGGAAGAAGCAGUAGUGGGGGGAAAACUAUUUCCUAACGCGACUCAACCACCGUUAUCCGCGCACCUUUUGAAUCAAGACCUUCCCGCACCCCGGAUUUCCCUUUCUCAAUCUGACAAGGCCAAGGAGGGCAAAUCACAGUUUACUAUUCCGGCUGGAAGUCAGAUUAUUGUCUUGAGCUCCAGCCCAGCCUCGAGCAACGGUGUGCCUGAUGAGAGCAAUGAAUCAGAGAGCGAGAAGGUGGACCCGGUGCGGAAGAGAGGCUUGCUGCCCACGGGCCCUGGAUGGGUGAGGAAGGGUCCCCGACAUGAGAGAGACGUGUCGGGUAAAACCACGACGAAGCCCGCGGUGGCGGCUCCAUCUAGAGUCAGCCGGCGAAGGAGAUUGAAUAACGAGGCUCUUGCGAUGGCGCCGCUUGUGAGCCCCGUGAGCAAGCAUAAAGGGCGGAGAGGGAGAAGGAAUGCUCCCUGA